AGAUCGUUUUUCUCCAUCCCCAAGACCAAAGGUCCAUCUCCCCAGGCUUACACGCUCAAGAAGAAGUUGAACCAUCCCCAAGCGCUUAUGUAUGAAAUCGUUGCCGACGUCUCCAAGUACAAUGAAUUUGUGCCCUAUUGCACUGAGUCUUUUAUUAACGAAAAAAACGCCCGGAAUCAGCCCACAGAGGCUGGUCUCAGAGUGGGUUGGAAACAAUUUGACGAGAGGUUUGUCUGUAAAUUAACUUGCCAAGAAAACACCCAAGUCAUUGCUGAAUCUCUCUCUCACUCGUUGUUCAGCAAGUUGUAUACAGAGUGGAAUAUUCGUGACUUGCCAAACAGACAUAAUGCCUGUGAGGCUGAAAUCACUCUCGAAUACGAGUUCAAGAACCCGCUCUACAACUCUGUGAGCUCGCUUUUCGCCAGCAAGGUUGCAGACCUCAUGGUCAAGGCCUUCGAACAGCGGGCUGUCGAUCUCAAA